GAUGGUGGGGGGUGAGUAAGAGACAGCCAGGCAUCAAUGAGAGACACGCCGACUCACAGACCCUCACUGCUCCGCCUGUUUCAUGUUUCAAGCUCCAGGCAGCGGACAGCCGUCUGUUUGUGACCCGAGCUGAGGAUGCGGGAGCAGGUGUGGGCCUCCUGGUUCCCCGGCUGCCUUGUUCUCAUCAUCACCGCACACACUUCAUCUGCGUCCGCCGACCUGCGGCCGUGCGACAGGACAGACUACAGCUACCAGUACACAGAGUGUGACAGUACAGGGUCACGAUGGAGGGUCGCCAUCCCCAUCACUCCCAACUCCUGCUCAGACCUUCCACCUCCAACCAGAGGAACAGACUGCUCUUUCUCAUGUCCGGCUGGGAAGUUUUUGGAGAUGAGCACGCAGCAGUGCACGCCGUGUCUGGCCGGCUCUUAUUCUCUGGGCAGUGGUCUCCGUUUUGACCAAUGGGACGCCAUCCCUGCAGGCUUCACCAGCAUGGCCAGCUUCUUAGACCCCGGGCUUAAUGGAGAGGAAAUUCAGGCCUGUAACAGCUCAUCAUGGACGCCACAGGGUGUGUAUCUGGAGUCAAACCGCGAUGAGUGCACAGUGUCUCUGGUUUACGCCGUUCAUCUGGAGAAACAGGGCUCCGUCUCCUUUACCUACCAGUUCCCCGACAACAACAUCUUCUUUGAGUUCUAUGUGCAGAACGAGCAGUGUCAAGAAAUGGCCCAGACUGAUGACCAGAAGUGGAUUAAAGUCACCAACAAUGGUGAAUGGGAGACGCACACAGUGAGUCUAAAGACCGGUACUAACAUCCUGUAUUGGAGAACCACCGGCAUCCUGGUGGGAGGAAACUUGGUGAAACCUGUGCUGCUCAAGAACAUCCAAAUAGAAGGUGUUGCCUACACAUCAGAGUGUUUCCCGUGCCGGCCUGGGUGGUUCAGCCCGGCCCCCGGCUCUUCAUCCUGUGAGCCUUGUCCAAGCAACACCUUCUCCAUAAAGGGGGUAUCCUCCUGCACCACUUGCCCUGAGCACCACUACUCACAUGAGGGGUGGGCAGAGUGUCAGGUGAGGCCGCCGUGCUCCGAGAAGGAUUAUUUCCAGAUCCACACUGCCUGCGACAGCGAGGGGAAGACGCAGGUGUUGUAUCGUUGGGUGGAGCCAAAGAUCUGUGUGGAGAAUGUGACGGGGGCAGUGGAGCUGCCUGCGACGGGGCAGAGAGAGCCCUGCCCUCCCUGCAACCUCGGCUACUACAACAGCAACGACUCCACCUGUUUGCCCUGCCCACCGGGAACCCACUCAGAUGGCACCUACGUGUGCACCAAGUGUCCUGCAGGUACAGAGCCGGUGUUGGGUUAUGAUUACAAAUGGUGGAACGUGCUGCCCUCCAACAUGAAGACUUCCUGUUUCAACGUCGGCAACUCCAAAUGUGAUGACAUGAAUGGAUGGCAGGUUGCAGGGGACCACAUUCGCAGCGGAGCAGGCAGUUCAGAUAAUGAUUACCUCAUCCUGAGCCUGCACGUGCCUGGCUUCAAGGUCCCAGCCUCUCUCUCAGGGAUGACAGGCAGUGAGUUUGGACGGAUAACCUUUGUGUUUGAGACCCUGUGCUCUGGUGACUGUGAGCUCUACUUCAUGAUGGAUGUGAACAGGAAGAGCACCACAGUGGUGGAGUCAUGGGAAGGCAGUAAAGGGAAACAGUCGUACUCACACAGCAUGACCAGGAACGCCUCCGUCGCAUUUACAUGGGCCUUCCAGAGGACCAACCAUGCUCAUGAUGUGCGUCAGUAUGUCAGUGACAUGGUGAAGCUCUACUCCAUCAGCGUGACAAACGUCCUGGAUGGGGUUGCGUCAGCAUGUCGGGCCUGCGCUCUGAUUCCUCAGAACUCGCAACGGGCCGUCUCCUGCGUUCCCUGCCCCGCUGGCUUCUACAUCGACAGAACCACCAACCGGUGCCAGGAGUGUCCUGAGAACACACACCUGGCAGGACGCCACACCUACGGCCAGGAUGCGUGUGUCGCCUGUGGGCCUGGAAGUAUAAGCAACAAGGAACACUCUCGUUGCUACAGCGACUGCUCCUUCUCCCACACAGAGAACAACCGUACACUGACCUUUGACCUCAACCCCCUAAACGACGUGGCCUCUGUGACCAUCGGCCCCAGUUUCACCUCUAAAGGCACAAAGUACCUGCACCUGUUAAACAUCAGCCUAUGUGGCCACGAGGGUAAGAGAGUGGCUGUCUGCACAGAUAACGUCACCGAUGUGUCGACCAAAGAUGAGCAGAGCGAUCCGGCGCAGUUUGUUAACUCAGUGGACAGCUUCAUCUGUCAAUCAACCAUCAUCCCAGCAGAUGGGCGGGGCUUCAGGAUGGCCAUUUCCUCCCAGUCCAUCAGCCUUGCAGACAAUUUCAUCGGAGCAACAGUGGACUCUGUUCUGGAUGGUGUGAAAGCUCAACCCGAUCUUUUUCCAGAUAAUUCAAAGGAUGUUCCAGAUAUCAACUUCUUCUACAGGUCAACGCAAGUAACGGCUUCAUGUGAUCAGGGUCGAAGUUCAGUCAUCACCGUUCGCUGUAACCCUGAGAAGUCUGAACGAGGAGAGCUCUCUGUGCCCAGCUCCUGUCCUGAGGGAACAUGUGAUGGAUGUACCUUUCACUUCCUGUGGGAGAGCGCCGCCGCCUGUCCACUCUGCACUGAGGACGACUACCACCGGAUAGAGGGAGCCUGCAGGGGAGGCGUCCAGGAAACUCUGUUUGUGUGGAACGAGCCAAAGCUGUGCACCAAAGGCGUGCCUCUGCCUCCCCGGAGCUCCUCUCCGUGUGAGGCCAUCGCUCUGUGGCUGAAGGUCGGGGUUGGAGGAGGAGCCUUCGUGGCCGUGCUGCUCGUUUCGCUCACCUGCUAUUUCUGGAAGAAAAACAAAAGGCUGGAGUAUAAGUACUCUCGUCUGGUGAUGUCGGCCAACAAAGACUGUGAGCUGCCAGCUGCAGACAGCUGUGCUCUGGCUGAGGGGGAGGAGCCCGACGACGACGUGGUCUACACCAAGAAACCCUCCCUGCUAGGGAAACUCCGCGCCAUAGCUAACAAGGGUGGAGAGAGCAGUGAGUCUGUGCAGCUAAACUCGUCCAAGAGGGAUCGAUGGGUCCUGGGAUAAACAGAUGCAGACGGAGAAAGAGGUGAAAUAAUGGAGGAAGAGUCAGUGACAGUGUCAGUCACUCCCCUGCUUCUGAUGUGUCCUCUACCCACCCUACAUUGUGUGCAGGGGGGGGGGGGGGUGCACUUAAAAGAUCUCAUGAUUGCCACCCGGAUGCUCGCAGAACUCAACUUUUGAUUCCUGUAAUACCCAGGAAACACGCUCCUCCUUUAAUGCCAUGGAUGCUCACGGGCGGCACCUGAAAGAGUAUUAUGCUUUUAAUGGUUUAUUUUUUAUUUUUUGUAAUUUAAUUUGAUAUUUUGCUUUCUGUUCAGAGUCAUGUAUUUAUAUCAAUGUUAUAAUGAUGAACCUUUAUUAAACUCCUAUUUGACUUUCA